AUGGGCUUUCAUCAUUUUCUCCUUAUGUUGUCCAAUUUCUUGCUUUUGUCGAUGAUCACAAUCAGUUCGGCCAGGUUCUCGGAGAAGUUGAUAGAGCCCAUAACGGCGGCCCGGAUGGAAAAGACCACCAAACUCCAUUUCUAUUUCCAUGACAAGGUCAGCGAGCCGAACGCAACGGCUGUGAGAAUAAUCGGGGACAGGCCUGGCUUCGGGAUGACGGUGAUGAUGGACGACGCGCUAACUGAAGGGCCCGAUCGUGGAUCGAAGGUGGUGGGCCGGGCCCAGGGGCUGUACUCGAUUGCAGCUCAGAAUGACUUGUCGCUGCUGAUGGUGGCGACGUAUGUGUUUUUGGAGGGGAGUUACAAGGGGAGCAGCAUAAGCGUGCUCGGGAGGAACCACGUUUUUGAUGACGUGAGGGAGAUGCCGAUUGUUGGGGGGAGUGGGGUUUUUAGGCUCGGGAGGGGUUACGCGCUGGCGCACACCGUUUGGGCCGACCUCAAGACAGGGGAUGUCACGGUAGAGUACAAUGUGACUGUGCUGCACUUUUGA